AUGGACAACACAUUUGGGGAGCUAGGACUUUCCAUUAUCGGAGUCGGUGUGCAAUACCCACGCUUCAAUCUCGCACCUGAUGGCUUGGAAACAUUGAGCAAAAGAUUUUAUCCAGACACCCCGUCCAUGAACAAAGUCCUUUCCAUCAACCGAUUCACUGGCAUCGAAAACAGGUCCUCCAUCGGGACGAUUGAUCACCCAUUGGUCAAUCAACAGACUGCCCCUUCUGUUUCGCAGCUGCACGAGGUGUUCGUCGAGGACGGAGUCCCUCUCGCCAUUACCGCCGCGCAGAAGGCCAUCGAAGAGUCACGCAUCCGGCUCGCAGACAUUACACAUAUCGUAUCAACAACAUGCACCAACAAUGCGAACCCGGGGUUCGACAAUCUAGUCGUGACUGGCCUUGGUAUCAAGCAACAAGUAGAGAAGGUGCUUCUUCAGGGAGUGGGAUGUAGCGGAGGGCUUGCUGUUCUCAGAACUGCUUCCAACUUGGCCCUAGGCCGCACCGCCCAGCGCAAACCAGCUCGCAUCCUCUGUGUGGCACUAGAACUAUGUACCCCUCUGGUGCGCAGUGAAUUUGAUAGUAUCAACGAACUGCAGGAGGUGAGGAUCGGCCUGGCGCUCUUCUCAGACUGCGCCAGCGCCUUGAUCCUCAGCAAUGAUGUUGGAGGCCACGCAGAGCCAAUUUACGAUGUUCUUGGAUGGGAUCAUAGGAUGAUCCCAGACACUGCUGAGCAUCUCAGAUUUGAUUCUGAUCCGCUUGGCUGGAAGGUGGUUCUCACCCCUGAUGUGCCAAAGGUCGCUUGUGCCGCCGUCCCUCAAGCUUUUUCAGACAUACUGGCCUCUGUCCCUUCCAUUCCCAGCUCUCUGCAAAAUGCGGACGACUUUGAUUGGGCAUUGCAUCCUGGCGGUGCAACUAUCCUGACGGGAACGGAAAAGCAGAUGAACAUUACGCCAUACCAUUUGCGUGCCAGCUACGACACGUACAUGAAGCAUGGAAAUUCAAGCUCUGCGACCAUCUUCAGCGUCCUAAAUCGCCUACGAGCGAAGGACAUGGAUGAUAUAGCUCCUUCAGGCGGUCCUCGCGAGUUUGUCAUGGCUUGCGCGUUUGGACCAGGAGUUUCCGUCGAGAUGUGCGCGCUGAGGAGGAGCCGAAACUAUUUGCGGGCUGACGAUUGUUUGACACCGCCUCUUGAUGAAGCUGAUUUGGAUUUGGAUUAG